AUGCCCCGCAAGCUCCCGUUCAGCGCCAAGCGGAAAAAGCAGCAGCUCCGGGACCGGCGGGAGCGGAAACGGGGCGAUGCCCCGGCCGGGCCGGCCCCGGGGCCCGGGAGCCGCAGCGGGAGCCACGAGCGGGGGGGUGAUGGCCCCCCCGGAGACCCCCAGGCAGAGCCCGCGGGGCCCCCCCGGCGCCACGACCCCGGCAGGUUCCGGCUGCAGCUGGGGGGGCCCCGGGCCGAGGCCCUGGAGCGGAGCCGGCGCCGGGCCCAGGAGGAGCUGCUGGAGCCACUGCCCGAGAGCGCCCUGGAGCUGGACCCGGACAGGAUCUACGGGCCUGGGCUGGACUUCCCCCGCCGCCCCCCCUGGAGUUUCGGGAUGAGCGCGGCCGAGCUGCGGGAGCGGGAGGAGGGGACAUUUGGGGACUUCCUGCGGGCGAUGGGGGACAUCGAGGGGCUGGCACCGUUCGAGCACAACCUGGAGACAUGGCGGCAGCUCUGGCGGGUGCUGGAGAUGUCGGACGUCAUCCUGCUGAUCGCUGACGCACGGCACCCGGCCCUGAGCGUGCCCCCCGCCCUGGCCACCCACGUGACCCAGGAGCUGGGGAAGGCUCUCAUCCUCAUCCUCAACAAGGUGGACCUGACCCCCCCCGCGGUGGCCGUGGCCUGGUGUCACCUGCUCAGGGGACACCUGGGGGUCACCCACGUGGUGCCCUUUAGCUCCGCCCCCGGCCCCGCCCCCACAGCCGGGCUGCAGAAGCGACAGAGGAAGGGGGGGGGGAGGGGGCGCUGGGGCCGAGCCGUGGGACCCCGGGAGCUGCUGGAGGCGUGCCAGGACGUGGUGGGGGGGGCAGUUGACCUGAGCAGCUGGCGGGCGCGGCUGGAGCGGGCGGAGCAGCGGCCUGAAGAUGAAGAGGACGAUGAUGAUGAUGAAGAGGAGGCGGAGCCGCGGGGACGGGAUGAAGAUGAGGAUGAGGAGGGGGAUGGGGGCACAGCCCCCCCCCGGCAAUGGGAGCGGUUCCGGCACGGGGUGCUGACCCUGGGAUGUGUGGGUCUGCCCAACGCAGGUAAAUCCUCGGUGCUGAACGCUCUGCUGGGCCGCAGCGCUGUGGGCGUGUCCCGCGCCCCCGGCCGCACUCGCUACUUCCAGACCCAUUACCUGUCGGCCUCGGUGCGCCUCUGCGACUGCCCCGGCCUCGUGUUCCCCUCCCGGGCACCACCUGAGCUGCAGGUCCUGGCAGGGGUGUACCCCAUUUCCCAGCUCCAGGACCCCUACUCUGCCGUGGGGUUCCUGGGGUCCCACCUGGCCCUGCCCCCCCUGCUGCAGCUGCGCCCCCCCAGCGGCCCCGGAUGGACGGCCUGGGAUCUCUGUGAGGCCUGGGCAGAAAAAAGAGGAUACAGGACGGCUCGGGCGGCUCGGAACGACGUGGCCAGAGCGGCCAACGGGAUCCUGAGGAUGGCGGCCGAGGGGCGGCUGCGCCUCUGCAUGACCCCCCCGGGCUUUUCCCAGCAAAAAGACCAUUGGGAGCGUCACCCCGACACCGCAGCCAUGGCGGCCAUGACGGGGGGAGGGGCGACCUCCCCACCCCCACCCGGCGACGCCUCCACCUCUGAGGACGACGAGGGGGAGGGGUCAGACCGAGCCACGCCCCCUCCCAGCCCCGCCCCCAACCCCUUCGCCCUGCUUGGGGAGGGCGAGUGCUGAGCCCCGCCCCUUUCUGGGGGAAACGACCAAUCAGAGCGUGCGGGUAUAUGGAAUAAAGGGAGGUUUAUUUCUGCGCACGUGAUUGGCUGGUGGAUGGGGGGAGGGGCCAAUCAGAGCUGGGUGCCUGUGGAGAGACAGUGUUGUUAG